CUUGUACAUUUUCUACAACGCUCUCAUGUCAGUACACUUUCUUAAUCUGUCACUUUACUAGGUGGAGUUCCUUUAAUGGACAAGGGGAAAAUUGGACACCGCACCCGUUCAUGUUUGUGAAUUUCUUUUAAACGACUUCUGGUGAUUCCCUAACUUAAAAACACAUUGUUGCAACCCCACCUCCUUUAACGGUUCUACCUGUUUGCCCUUCGUAGUUUCACUUGACAGCGGUGGUGUGGAGCAACACCCAUGCAGCCGUGUCAGAAGUUAGAAAGCUAGCAACUGUUAGCUGCUGCUGCUGCUGCUACCUGACGGAGCUAUGGUCCAUCAUUCUGACCUGAAACCACCGACGAAAACAGCGGCGGUGUGAUUGUAACGGUUUCUGUUUUCACUGCUGCAGAGUUUAAGUAGUUUUUGGCCAGUUUUCCCCUCCCGUGGUUUGGAGACGAAGCUGACAGAGAAAUGGGACUACACCCGCUGGAGUUCAGUGAGUGCUAUCUGGACAGCCCCAGCUUUAGGGAGAAAAUAAAGGCGCAAGAAGCGGAGCUGGACAAAACUAACAGGUUCAUCAAAGAGCUUUACAAAGAUGGAAAGAACCUUAUCAAUGCGACCAAACAGCUUGGGAUGGCUCAGCGAAAGUUUGCCCAGUGCCUUGGAGAGUUUCAGUUUGAGUACAUCGGCGAUGCAAAGACAGAUGAUGAGAGAUGCAUUGAUGAGUCUUUGCAAGAGUUUUCCUCAUUCCUCAAAAACCUAGAAGACCAAAGGGAGCUGAUGAUGAGAAACAUCACAGAGACUUUAAUGAAACCCCUUGAGAGCUUCAGGAAGGAGCAUCUCGGUCAAGUGAGGACGGAAAGAAAAAAAUAUGAAAAAGAAACAGAAAAGUACUACAGCUCUCUGGAGAAGCUUUUAAAUAUGUCAGCAAAGAAGAAGGAGCCACAGCUACAAGAGGCAGACAGCCAGGUGGAAACCAUCAGGCAGCACUUUCAGGAGGAAUCACUUGAAUAUGUGUGCAAACUGCAGGAGAUUCAGGAGAGAAAGAAGUUUGAAUGUGUGGAACCGAUGCUGGCAUUCUUUCAGACCGUAUUCACCUUUUAUCACCAGGGAUAUGAGCUUGCCAAAGAUUUUGACCAUUAUAAAAGAGCGCUGCAGAUCAAUAUUCAGAAUACAAGGAGUCGAUUCGAGGGCGCACGGUCAGAGGUGCACGAGCUGAUGAAGCGGAUCAAGGACACACCUCAAGAAUACAGACAGACCAGCUCUAUCAGUUUUGAAGGUUACCUCUAUGUACAGGAAAAACGUCCACCUCCCUUUGGUUCAAGCUGGGUCAAGCGCUACUGCACUUUUGUCAAAGAGCAGAAGAUCUUGCACAUGGUGACUUUCGACCACAAAUCAGGUGGAAAGAUUGGUGAGAUGGAGUCCGUCACACUGAAAUCCUGUGUCCGCAAAACAACAGACAUGUUGGACAGGAGAUUCUGCCUUGACCUGGAUAUAACAGACAGGCCUGGGACGGUGCUAACUGUGCAGGCCCUGUCAGAGGAUGACCACAAGCUUUGGAUGCGCGCCAUGGGAGGGAAGGAACCUAUGGGUUGUUAUCUUGGAAAGACUCUCUCUCAAGAAAGAGGAAUCGAUGCCCAGUUGGAUGACGUGGGUUUAGGUUUUGUGAAGAAUUCCAUCAUUGCAAUAGAGAGUAGAGGUAUUAAUGACCAAGGUCUAUACAGAGUUGGGGGUGUAAACUCCAAGGUCCAGAAACUUCUCUCAUUAAUGAUUGAUGAGAGGAGUAACGAAGUGGAUCUAUCAGCCAAUGAAGACUGGGAUGUCAAGACAAUAACAAGUGCACUAAAGCUCUAUCUGAGGAGCCUACCUGAGCCGUUGAUGACCUAUGGACUUUACAAGGAGUUCAUCAGCCCGGCAAAGGGCGGCAGUCCCGAGUCCCGCAUCCAAGCCGUCCACUGCUUGGUCCACAAACUACCGGAGAAGAAUCGACAAGUCCUCGGGCUGCUCAUGAAGCAUCUGGCCAAAGUGGCAGCACACAGCAAACAGAAUCUGAUGACCGUCGCCAACCUGGGUGUGGUGUUUGGUCCCACGUUAAUGAGGCCACAGGAGGAGACUGUCGCUGCCAUCAUGGAUCUCAAGUUCCAAAACAUUGUUGUGGAAAUCCUCAUUGAACAUCAUGAAAAGAUCUUUACAGAUUCUCCAGAAUUAAGCCCGAUGUCACCUGCUGGCCUGGUGUUAUCUGCUCCCACAAGGCAGUCCAAGAAAAUGAGUCGACAGAAUCGGCCAUUAGCCGUGUACAAUCCACAAGUCCUUGACGUUCAGAAUGCAGUGGGAGACGAUUCCACUCUGACUGCAGAUGAAACAUUAAUGGGCAGUAAUGAGUCUGUAUCGUCCCAAUCAUCUUCAGCCUCCACCUCAGAGCUGCCUAUAGAGAAGGCAGAUCAUCCAACGCUCACCACCAGCCUCAGCUCAGGCAGCAACUCUAACACUUUAUCUUCUGAUUGUUUUCCUGCAAGAGUUCUCUAAACAUUUUGAAGAGUUGAAGACUGACUGCACACAGUUUCAAUAAGCUCAUGAUUUUCUCAAAACAUUUUUUCUCAAUUUGUGAGCAGCUUGCUGAAGUUCUGGGCUAAUAAUAUCAUGUUUUGAUGUUGCUCAUUAAUAAACAUAUUUUAGUCCAGUUCUAGUCAAUUGUGUGUUGACAAAACUUACAGAAAGUUUGUUGUCCUGCUUCAUAAACGUAGCACUUUGCUUUGAUGGUUUUAAAACCUUAAUGUCUAGUGUGAUAGCUGUGCUUUGUGAAACUAUUUCUUCUACACCGAGAACUAAAGUGGAAGUUCCAGCAGCCAACACAGUCUACUUAUUGCCGUUACAGUUAUUGUGAAUGCACAAAUGUUAAUUAAAGGAAACCCAGAUUCAUUAGAUCAACACAAUAAGGCAAAGACUAUGAUGCAGUUUUGUAUGCUGUGUAAGCUGUGUGUGAUUAAACACCCACAUGGCUUGCCGGGAUGCACCAGAAAAAAAUAAGACAGGAGCACCAACUGGGAUCUACAUUGUUUUUUGUUAAGGAUUUUGAUACAGAUCAGCUAAAAAUGCAGCGAUCAAUACCCUAAUCCAUUAUCUAGGAUAGGGUCAAGGGACCCUAAAGGAAAAUUAUCAUAAUUAUCUGCAAACUCAUGUUGAAUAGUGGUAACCUCUCCUAAUCUGUUGAACUAAAUGAAAAAUAUAGUACUAGUGUCAUGCCUUAGCAAACAUCUCUCUAUCUUUUCCAUUUUGUCCACAGUCCCUCCGAGUCCUUGGUUCUUUUUGUUGUUUCAAGGCCAGAACUUGCCUUGAAUGCUAAUGUGAGAGAUGAAUUAUUGGGUUACGCUGCAGAUGUUAGACUCUCUGCUGUGUCAUGUCUAGAUUCACCUUGAAAUAGACUUUCCCUCAUUCAUAGUCCCUUCCCCCUCUGCUGAACAAAAAAAUGAAAACGAAUCUACUUCCCAACUUGACAGGACAGAGUGAUUCCUUUAUUCUCUGACCUCUGUGUGGAGCAUGUCUUUGGAGUUGCAGGAAUAAACAGACAAGACUAUAUAAGUGUUAUGUAAGCCACUGUUUUUUUUUUUCUGUGGGUGCCUUUUGUGCUUUCUCACAUAUGUGGCAUCAUGUCGGAGGACAGAAGAAACGACCAGGAGGAGCUCGUAAAUCUCGGGCCUUAUUUGUUUGGAAGACAGGUGGCCGUGCGUUGGACGUGUAAAUUGUAUUGACAUUGCAGAGGUAUUCAUCUUGUUUACCCUUAUAGCCGCAGCCCCCGUCCCUUUAUGAAGACUUGCGCCAUAUGUCACAGGGUGUCGCCCUGGCUUUGCUCACUCAUAAAUUUGAGAUGGUGAGACCUGUUGGCACAGCACCUCCCUGGCAUUGGAUCCAGGGAUUCGGCUUCUUUCCUAGCCAAAGGGAGCAGGGAUUGCAGUUGCUAGAUUACUUCCAGGCAGCUUCAGAAAUGUGAUAUCUGUCGUCUGCUUUUCCCAGAGGUGCACCUGGGCAAAGGUUUUUGUUGUUGGUUUUCUGUAAAAUCUGCCUGGUCAUGCACAGAGGCAUCCUGAUUCACAAUAUCUUACAGUUUUUGUUUUUUUGUGCUCUGGCAUCAUUUAUCUUCACUGAAUUUCACCUCAUUUCUCUUCUUCACUUUAAAGUCAGUCACAGCUUUUCCCAGUUUCCCUGCUACCCACAGCCUUCACAAGUUGAAUAUUCUGCCAUUUUUUUCUCAACUUUUUCCUUGUGACUGUCUGUCUUGCCUUUAGCUCUCCAGGCCUUUCAGUGGCCGACAGCUGUGGAUCAUAAGAUUGUGGAUUUGAGCUGAUUUCCUGCCCACCCAAACUGGCAGUAGCCGGGUGAAGAGCACGGCUGUAGUUUUGAUCCUGCUUUCUACCAGAAACGGAUAUGAAUCCUACCAUUGCCCUCCUUCGUUUACUGUGAAGACAGUUCAUGGCCUUGCUCAUCCCCACGUUAGCUCCAUGCCAGGAUCAACAAGGUUCUGACUCGUUACGGUGAAAUUCUUGCAGUAAUGAGAAGCAGAGCUUCGCUUGUCUUGAAUUCCUCCUGUGGUUGGUCUUCUAUGAAUAUGUAAAAUAACCCUGAUUUAUUAUUAAUAAAAUACAAAACCUA